AUGGAGCCGUGGGCUCAGCCCCUGCCUGCUCCUGAGCACAGCCGGAUAGGCUGGCAUGGGAACCCGCUCCUGAGCGAGGCCGCGGAUUCGGCGCUGGAGCAGCCGCUGCCACAGAGGAUCAGCUUCAUCUGCUCCUUCCUGCAGAAGCACUGCAAGCACAAGUCAGCCCCGGAGAGCCUGAUCCCGGCACAGCAGCUGCUGGAGGGAGAGGAGCUGGCCUUGGCCAAGGUGGCUGUGAUGCUCCUGUACCACACAUCCAUGAGCUGCAGGAGCCCCACGCACUGGAGCAGCUUCGACUAUGAGACACAGGUGGAGCUGGCAGCGAUCCUCAGGUUUGUGCUGGACAAUGAGGAGAGUCUGAGUGAGAACCUGGAGAUGUUCCUGCAGAGGAAGGCCCCACCACCCUCAUCAUCAUCCACCAGCUCCGAGGAGCAUUCCCCACUGCUCCCAUUCCCACAGAAGCGGGAGGUGCGUUUCCUGGAGCUGCAGAAGAUUGCUUCAUCCUCCUCAUCCUCCUCCAGCACCAACAAUGCCCUCCCCGCGGGCCCCUCCUCGCCCAUGGGGGACAUCCUGCAGACCCCCCAGUUCCAGCUGCGGCGCCUCCGGAAGCAGUUGGCUGCGGAGCGGGAGAACCGGGAUGAGCUGGAGGUGGAGCUGGCAGAGAACAGGAAGCUCAUCACCGAGAAGGAGGCUCAGAUCACUCUGCUGCAGCAGCGGAUCGACCGCCUGGCCCUGCUCCAUGAGAAGCACACUGCAGAGCAGCUGGAGCCCAAGGAGAUGGAGGAGCUCAGGGAGAAGAACGAGAGCCUCCUGGCGCGCUUGCACGAGGCCCUGAGGCAGUGCCAGGACCUGAAGACCGAGAAGGGGCAGAUGGACAGGAAGAUCAGCCAGCUCUCCGAGGAGAACGGGGACCUCUCCUUCAAGCUCCGGGAGAUCGGCAGCCACUUGGUGCAGCUGCAGGAGGCUCUGAAUGAACUCUCGGAGGAGCACAACGCGGCCCUGGCCCAGGCCCAGGAGAAGCAGGGGCAGCUGGAGACGGAGCUGCGGGGAGCCCUGCAGGACAAGAAAUGCUCUGAGGAGAAGAUCGAGAUCCUGCAAGGGAAGCUCUCCCUGCUGCAGGAUCAGCUGGCCCAGCUGGGAGAGAGCAGCAGCCACAAGGGAGAGGUGCUGGGGGAUGCCCUGAAGCUGGAGGAGCUGAAGCAGGAGGUGUCCGUGCUCACCAGUCAGGGUGCUGAGCUCCAGGCCACGGUGCUGCGGCUGCAGGAGGAGAAGCAGCAGCAGGAAGCAGCCCUGCAGUCCCAGCGCGGCCUCUUUGAGGAGGAGAAGCAGCAGCUGGGCAGCCUGGUGAGCAGCCUGCAGGAGUCCCUGUCAGAGAGCCAGCGGCACCGGGAGCAGCUGGAGCAGGAGCUGCGGCAGCUCCAGCACCUGCAGGAGACCAACGCUUCCCUGAGCACCCAGCUCCAGGCCAUGGCACAGACCCAGGAUUCCAAGCAGGCCGCCUGGGAUGCGGAGAGGGCAGAGCUGAGCCGCCGGAUCCGGGAGCUGGAGGGCAGGAUGAUGGAGCUGGGCCCGCAGCAGGCGCAGCUGCAGGAGCUGGAGGCGAGGCUGAAGGAGAGCCAGCAGCGCCUGGCUGACAGGGAGAGGCUGGCGCGGGAGAACGGGCGCCUGCAGGAGCAGCUGCUGUGCCUGGAGGAGUCCCUGCGGAACACUGAGGGCAUCCUGGAGGAUGAGAAGAGACGAGCGGCAGAGAGCCUGGAGGGCAGCCUGGCGCGUAUAGCAGAGCUGGAGGCCGAGCGGCAGCGCCUGCAGCCGGAGCCGCGCAUGGAGGAGGUGACCGCGGCGCCGGAGCAGCGCCCGGGCUCCGAGCACCAGGAGCGUGUGGCUGCCCUCGAGGCCGAGCUGAGCAGCGCCCGUGCCAGGGCUGAGGAGCAGGAGGCCGAGGAGCGGCGGCUGAGGGCUGAGGUGUGUGCCAUGCGCGAGCGGGUGACCGCGGCGGAGCAGGCGCUGGAGCAGCACCGGAUGGAGGCACAGCGCACGGCAGAGCAGGCACUGGAGCAGCACCGGAUGGAGGCACAGCGCGCAGCAGAGCAGGCGCUGGAGCAGCACCGGAUGGAGGCACAGCGCACGGCAGAGCAGGCACUGGAGCAGCACCGGAUGGAGGCACAGCGCACGGCAGAGCAGGCGCUGGAGCAGCACCGGGCAGAGGCACAGCGCGCGGCGGAGGCGGCCGCGCAGGAGCUGGCGCGGGAGCGGCUCCGGUGCCAGGAGAUGGAAGGUGCCAUGGAGCGGAUGCGCGGUGCCGAGGCUGAAGCGCAGCGGGUGCGUGCCCGGCUGGAGGAGGAGCUCCGGGAGCACCGACGGGAGCUCGGCAGCCGCGAGGAGGAGGCCGCGCGGCUGCGGCAGGAGCUGGAGCGGGGCCGGGCCGAGAGCGCGGCUGAGCGCGGGCGCAGGGCGGAGAUGGAGGCUCAGCUCCAGAACAGCCUCAAUGAGCAGCGCGUGGAGCGCGGCCGGCACCGGGAGGAGCUGGCGCGGGUGCGGGAGCUGCUGCAGGAGCUGCACCGGGACAGGGCCGCGUGCACUGAGGAGCUGCGGGAGCUGCAGGGAUCGGUCACCAGGCUCCGGGGGGAGCUCAACGCACCGGGAGACACGGAUCCGCAGGGGCCGGCGGAGGCUGCACAGAGCAAGGCCAUAGAUGGAGACAGCACCAAAGGCUCGGAGGGGGAGCCAGAGCCGAGCAUGGCUCUGUCCGCAGAGGUGCAUGCCCUGCGUGUGCAGGUGGAGGGGCUGCAGCAGCGCUACCGGGAGCACCGGGAGAGCGCGGCCGCGGCGCUGGAGGCAGCGCACAAGGAAGGGGCUCAGCACCGGGAGCAGGCGUCGGAGCUGCAGAAGCUGCUGGAGGCAGCACAGGAGGCACAAGCGCUGCAGGAUGGGAACACCGAGGCCCUGCGCCAGGAGCUGCUCCAGAGCCGCGGCACCAUCGCUGCCCACGAGCAGGAGCUGGCAGCUCUGCGUGCCGCAGCACAGGACCGCGGCCGUGCCGAGGAGGGGCUGAAGGAGCAGCUCACACAGUGCGUGCAGGAGCUGGAGAGGAAGAGCAGCCUCGUCGGGAGCCUGGAGCACGAGGUGUCCGUCCUGCGCCGGCAGGCGGCCGACAAGGAGGCCGAGGGCAAGGAGCUCAAGCGCCUGGUGCUGGCGGAGUCGGACAAGAGCAAGAAGCUGGAGGAGAGGCUGCGGGUGCUGCAGACAGAGAUGGCCACGGCAGCCUCGCGUGCGGCCGAGCGCUGCUCGCUCAUGAAGGUGGAGGUGCAGCGGUGCCAGGAGGAGAUGGACAAGCAACGCGUGGCUAUGGAGGUGCUCCGGAGGGAGCGGCAGAGCCAGGGCGAGCGCGAGGAGGAGCUGCGGCAGGAGCUGCGGCGCGGCCGGGACGAGCACCGGCAGCAGGAGCAGGUGGUGGCCGCGCUGCGGCAGGAGCUCAGCACCGCGCAGGGCCUGGCCGCGGAGCUGCCGUCGCUCAAGCUCCUGUGCCAGCAGCUGCAGGCUGAGCGCGGUGCUCUGGAGAGCCAGCACCGGCAGGAGCUGGAGCAGCACAGCCAGGCUAUGGGCUCCAUGCAGGCAGAGCUGGCAGCGCUGCGGGAGCGCGCGGCCGAGCGGGAGCACACGGUGCAGCGGCUGCAGGCGGAGCUGGGGCAGGCGCAGGAGCGGCACGGACGGGAGCUGGAGCGGAUCCGGGUCACAUCCGAGGAGCUCGUGGCCGGGAGCCGGCGAGAGGCGCAGGAGGCAGCGCGGAAGCUGGAGGCUGUGGGCAAGGAGCAGGAGAGCAGCAGAGCGGCGGCGCUGGAGGAGAGGAGGGAGCUGCAGGAGGACAGGGAGCGGCUGGCGGCGAAGGUGGAGCAGCUGGAGGGGGUUCGGAAGGAGCAAGCCAAGCAGGUGGAGGAGCUCACCAAGAAGCUGACCCAGCACGAGAAGAGCGCGCGGAGCCACCAGCAGAGAGUGAAGGCGCUGGAGGGGGAGCUGCAGGCGGAGGCCACGCGGCAGCAGCAGCGGCUGGAGGAGCUGCAGGAGCAGCUCGCGCAGAAGGAGCAGGCGGCCGAGCACUAUAAAGGACAAAUGGAGAAGGCAAAAACUCACUACGAUGCGAAGAAGCAGCAGAACCAGGAGCUGGCAGAGAAGCUGAAGGCCAUGGAGCAGCUCCAGAAGGAGAACACGGAGCUCCGGGCUGAGUCCGAGCGCUUGGCCAAGGAGCUGCAGCAGAGUGUGCUGCACGCCAAGGAGACGGAGCUGAGCUGCAGGAACCUCACCAGCCAGGUGCACAGCCUGGAGGCUCAGGUGGAAUUUGCCAACCAGCAGCUCCGGGAGCUUGGCAAGAUCCAGGUGCCGAAGACCACACUGAAGGGCCAGGAGCUGUUCCCCCAGAGCCCUGCUGACAUCAGCGCCGACAGCCUGGACCUCAGCCUGGAGGAAUCGCGGUCACUGCACACCAGCAGGAAGACCACCCGCUCCCGCUCCGAGGCCUCUCUGCCGGCAGCCGGUACCGAGGAGUCCCCAGCCCCGCGGCGGCUGCCGCGCAAGGUGGAGUCCCUGGAGAGCCUUUACUUCACCCCCCUGCCCGCCCGCACCCGGGCCCAGCGCCGCUCCAGCACCGGCUCCUGCGGGGACCUGUCGCUGGACUCCGGCUGCCAGACCCGCUCCGCGCGGCGCCGAACAACCAUCAGCAUCACCAUGACCAAAAAGGAAGCCCAUCCCGAGGACCUGGACAGCUCUGAGCUCUCCUUCCGCAGCCUCCCCACAGCUCAUCCCGGUGCUGCCCCUGCCCGCAGCCGCCGGCGCUCGGGCUCCUCUCGCUCCAUCACCACGUUCCCGUCGCAGGAGUCGCUGCUCCCCCCAGACACCUCCUCCCCACAGGACCCCCAUGGCCAUGCCGCGCUCAUGGCACUGCCCGGAUACCGCCCGGUGACCCGCAGCUCCCUGCGGCGCAUGCAGGGGGGCAGCAGCUCCAGCCUCGGCCGCAGCAGCCUCUACCUCGGCACGUGCCAGGAUGAGCCGGAGCAGUUGGAUGACUGGAACCGCAUUGCGGAGCUGCAGCAGCGCAACCGCGCCUGCCCCCCCCACCUCAAGACCUGCUACCCUCUGGAGAGCAGGCCCUCCAACUCCUUGGCCACCAUCACGGAUGAGGAGAUGAAGACGGGGGACCCGCGGGAGACGCUGCGCCGUGCCAGCAUGCAGCCCUCGCAGGGCCCCCCCCCGCGCCGCAGCACCCUGGGCACCGCAUGGGCUGGCAUCACCACCCGCCAGCAGCGCAAGAGAGCAGCCAGUGAGGAACCACAGGGACCUGACACCCCCGAGCCCAAGAAGCCUCCCACGUGCUUCCCUCGGGCACAGACCCCACAGCGCCGCAGUGCUCAGCACCACAGCCUGCAGCCGGCGCCCGGCAAGCCGCCCGAGCGCCGCCAGUCCCUGGCCUUCAGCAUCCUCAACACCCCCAAGAAGCUGGGGAACAGCCUCCUGCGCCGCGCCAACCGCAAGGCCACGGCCAAGGGCUCCCCCCGCGCCGGAUCGCGCCGCUCGCCCCGCAUAGCCACGGCCAAGACCCCCAAGGGCAAGGCCAAUCGCCAGCAGCUCAAGGACACCAAAUUCUGAGCUUUGUCCCCAUCUCCCCCCCAAGGCUACAGCAGCUCCAGGGGGGGUGAUGGGACAAUGGGGGGGGCACCUUCCCCUCGUCCCAUUGCCCCCCUGGGGCUGCCCCCCCGCUGCUCCCUGCGCCCAGGCUGGGCACUACCCCUGGCUCUGCCUGCACCCACAGGCAGGACCCCCCUGCCCCCUCGGGACCCCCCCAACCUUUGGGGCGCCCAGGGGGCAGAAAGGGGCAUUUUUAAGGUAUUUCUACUUGUAAAUAAAGUGUAUUUUUCUCCUGCA